GAGUUUUCAUGUUUUGCAGAGCGUUAGUGGAUUUAAUUAAUUAUUUUUUAAAAAUCAAGAAACUGGUUAGUUGCUGAUUGAGGACGGUGGAGAAGCUGCAAAUUGUGUGAUCUUGCACAUGCAGGAGUGAGAUCCAGAUAUGAGCAAAAUGUUCGCCUGCCAGAACUGUGAUCAACAAUAUGAGAAAAUCAAAGACUUCAAAAUGCAUGUUCGGAGCUACAGCCAUAAGAAGGUAGUUGCAGACUGCUUUAAUACAGCUUUACAUUGUGGACCAGUUUUCUUUCCCAUUUGUGUUGUUCUGGACUACUUGAAAAACCCAAAAGAAAGGCACCCACUCAUUGGCCUGGACAUGGUGACUUUGUUUAUUACUCCACAGAAAUGUGGUUCUUUCUACCUGUGCCAUGUUUGUGAGCAGCAAUUGAGCGCUGUUGAUAUUGUGCACCAUUUGUGCUCUGAAAAGCAUUACUUCAAGUAUUUGUCAUACAGUAAUCCUGAACUGCUGUGCUUUGCCUGGUUGGAGGAUUCCUUUUCUUAUCUUGAAUACAGUGUGAUGGAAGAGAACAGCAUCAAUGGCUCUGGUACCCUACGGAUUUUUGAACUGCCUGGGGUGAUGCUGAGGAGGGGUAAAAGAGGGUCUUAUCAUCAAGUCAUGGGAAUGUUAUCUGAAACAGAACAUCUGGUAGAACAAGUUGUAGUGGGCAGACCGCUGAGGAAAACCCUCCAGGCAUAUAUCAAAGACCCUGCCAGAACCAACCCUUUGCUUGGCUUGAACUUCCUGCUUGAGUAUUCUUGUCCUGAGGAUGAGCAGCAUUGUGGGUAUCUCUGCCUUCUUUGCCAAAAGAAACUUCAAGCCACCGAAAGCAUUUCCCACUGCAUCAGUUUUCAUCAUGUUUGCUGCUACCUGGAAGCAGCUCACCCAGCUAUGAUGGACUAUAUUAAGAACAGUUACACUUCCUCCUCUUUUGACUACCAUAAGAGGAUCGUUUCCUUGGCCACUCGGGCACAAAAAGACAGUCCUCCUGGGGAAUUGCAGUGUGUACAUGUGGAUCUGUCGGGCUUUAAGGACAUUGACUCCUCUUGUUAUGAAACUGCUCUAGACAAGCUGCAGCUCAUAAGGAAAGAAAGAAACCGAAGUGAAAUGAUGGCGGCGGCGGCGGCUGCUGCUGCUGCACCAGGAGACCGAAUCUUGUUUGAUCCAGAAACCCAAAAGUCAGACUUGGCAACCACAGACAGCCCAGCUGAACGGACUACAGAGAAGGCACAUGAAGUGCAUUCUGUUGGACAAGAUAAAGAUGAUCUGUCAUCAUGCAGGAUUUUAUGCGUGGAAUGUGACGAGGCUUUAACCUCCAUUGAACAUUACAAGAUGCAUAUUGAAGGAAGGGAACACAAUCAGAGACUUGUCGAGCUGUUUGGCAAAGGAGGUCACCCUCAUAAACGUGGUGGUGGUCUCUCGGACUUAGGAGUCCUCUCGGUGAUUAAACUGUACAAAUAUAUGUCAUGUAGACAUGGAAGGACAUCACCAUCCCCGCUAAUAGGUCUACAACUGCUCACUGUGUUUGUAGACAGGCACAGUCAGUGUUUUAACCCACCCAUCUAUCUGUGCCAUGCGUGUGAGCUCAACAUCCCAGUAUCCUCUGUCUGUGCCCAUCUUUCCUCUCUGCAACACUAUUUCAGUGUCUUUAAAUACACAAAUCCAGACCUUGUGUACCUUGUUUCUCAAAAUUUGGACCACAUGAGAGAGCUUGCGCAAGAAGCAGGUAUGAGCCAGGGAAAGGACAAGAAGGUACUGCAGGUGUGUGAGAUACCAGGUCAGCUGAGUCAGGAGAUAAGGAACAUGGCAUACAAGAAAAUUUUGGCAGUAAUUCAGAUGCAUUCUUCUAAACUGAGACAAUGUGUUGAAGUUCAGAGGCCUGUGACAUUACUGGUUUACUCCAAAAGCUGUGACAGGAAGUCUCCUCUGCUUGGUCUGCAGUUCAUGGUGAAGUACAGCACAGCACAACCUGAUCCCAAAUGUGGUUAUCUUUGUUUACUGUGUGAAAGCAAAUUUCCAGAAAGGGAUGCCACAGCCCAUGUUUUGACUUUUGCACAUGUGCUUGCCUACCUUAAUGUAGCCCACCCUGGUUCCUUGAGCAAGGAGGAUAUUGAGAAGAGGUCACUGAUCACAGAUCUGGCAGAGCAGGCUCAGAGAGUCAGUUCUGGGGCUUUGCAGGAAGUGGAACUGAACUAUGUGAAAUUUUGUGAAGUUGAGAUAAGCACCUUUAAAACUGCUAUGAAUACUCUACAGUUGAUCUUUAAGGAAAAAGGCCUGGGAGAAUUAAAGCCUUCUGUUGCUCCAGGUGACAAACUGGUCCCCAGUUAUGAGAAGAAUUCCCAGAAUAAUUCUUCAGAGUCUGUUAAAGAAGAAAUUGAUCCUACAUCAUAUCACACGGAUCAGAUCAAGCUUGAUGCAAUAUAUACAGAAGCUAGCAAGAUGGCUAAAAAAACAGAUUCACAAUCGGCCAGCCUUGUACCAAAACAUGUAGAGUCACCAAAAGAAAAAAAUUCUGCAAAUUCAGACUGUGCCAUUGAACAUCCUGUUAAAUCUUCAGUGCAAGCCGCAGCACAGUUAAGCCUAACUUCAGCGUCCUCACCACUUCCUGCAUCACACACACAAAAGGACAAGUAUCUUAACCAAGCAGUGCAUCCCUGCCCCAACCCAACAGAAGCUGAAGAAUUAUGCCCAAUGUUGAAACAUCCUCAACAUCAAGACAUGAGCUUUACUCAAAAGCAGAGCCAAAAACUGGCACAAGAAACAGGGGAAUCUUCACAAUCUCCUGCUCAUGUGAAGAACGAGACACAGACAGUUUCUCAGACCUCACCUACUUGUACUGAACUCUGGGACUACCUGAGGACAACCAACAGGGAACCGGUCAUAGGUUUGAGUUCUGUAACUGAGUGUCACACUGAGGACCAGCCACCAUGCUAUAUGUGUAUGACAUGCACGGAAAGAUUUCCAGAGAACUCCAUUAUAAAACAUCUGACCAGUCGGGAUCACCAACAUAUGUAUCUGAAAUCUAUAGACUAUGUUUCUCUGCGGGGUAAAAAAAAAGUGGAGGCAAAAUGGCUAAGAACUCAAGCCAUUAUGCUGGAGAGGAGUCAAGGAUAUGGAGAAGCACAGGUACUUGAUUUGGAGGCCGAAGAUUACCAUCAGAUUCUUAAUGCUCCCAUUCUAACUGCUUUGGGAAAACUCAGAGACUCUCUAUGUAAACUGAUAUCAAAUGAUGACAGAAAUAUACUGGCAGCUUCUUCAAUGAAUGAUUACAAAUGUGACGGGAGUCAUGGAUCCAAAGUGCUCAAAGUAAUUGAGAGAACUGAAGAAAAGGAUACACAAGAUCUGCUAAGAGGCAUUGUGAAGGCAGAAUACUCCAAAUCUGAUACAGCCCUUACGAAACAGCCCUUACAAAACCUGAUAAACCCCUUGCCAUUUUCUAAAGAUCCCACACAAAGUUCACCUCAUUUAUGGUCUUACCUCACUAGUCCCACCCGAACAGAGCCGGUUAUUGGAUUGAGCAUGAUCACUGAGUACCGCACUUCCACUCAUCAGAACUCUUUCUUGUGCUCAUGCUGCAAAGUAAUCCUCUCUACUACAAGUUACAUGACCCAUCUGAUCAAUCCCAGGCACCGCUUCAACUACAUUAAAAAUAAGCACUCUAAGCUUGUCGCAUCAUGGGGAGAUAAGAUCAAGUUGACUUGCAAAAUUGCAGACCUCCGAGAGAAGGCAAAGUUUCUGCAGGACAAGGAAGGCUGGGGAUGCAUUAAGGUGGUGGAAAAGGAAUCUUCAAAAAAGAAGGAGAAGGAGGAAAGAAAAGCUAAGGAACUAGAGCCCUCUCAAAUCACCAUGAAAUCAGCAUCCACAAAGCAGCAGGACCAAAAGAGGCUAAAUCUCACAAAACAUCUGAAAAAGAAGAAAAAGACCAAGCCCAGUGCCAUGAUUGGAUUGAAUUUUGUCACAUGUGUGAGUCAUGGCAAAAAGAAACUGUUGUUUUGUGAACUGUGCUCAGUCAGAUGUCAUUUGGACCAUUUGUGUAGUGUGGCCCAUAGGAAAAUCUAUCUGGAACAUAAGUAUCCUGGAUGGACUGCAAAUGGUGAAAACGUGGAAAAGAAACUGCAUAAGAUAGCUUUGCGUUUAGCAGCAGUGGAGAGAACCACAGGGAUUGGAAUGAAGAAACUUGAUGUCAGUGCCAAGGUGUUUACAGAUUUAAGAACUGCGCCACUCUGCACAGCUCUGUCCAAUUUGCAACUGCUGCAGACAAAUUCAGAUACUAGUUUGAUGCUAAGUGCAAGUCCUUCCUCUCUCCAGACCAAUCCUGACACAAUCUCAGAUCAUACAAAUGAUGAUGUCCAUUCUUAUCCCAUGUGUCCUGUGGAUCCCGCCUCUGUUUCUGCCUCAUCCUGUCCCAGUUUAUCUUCUCUUUCUAUAUCUUUACACAAUCCCUGUGACCCCUCUUCCCCACUCACACCCACUGCCGACCUUCAUGUACCUGAUCGUUCAUAUAGCCCAAUUUCGCCUGCUCCACCACCCUCUUACAGUCCAACCUCCUUACCUCUGUCAUCUCCCAUCCCUGGCCCACCUCCUCUUUCCUCUCAGCCUGAGGCUCCCUUACAGUACCAGUCUGCCCCUCCAGUCCUGUAUGCCCCCCCCAUCUUUCUUCCACCUGCAUGUGCCUGCCAGGACUCACCUCAUGUUGGUCUUCCUCAUUCAACUACCCCUCCAAUUUCUGUAAACCCAACUGCUUCUCUGUCCACCCACUCUGCUGCUUCUCCACUGUUUCACGUUACAUCUGAUUCUAACUGCACUACUCCAGCUCUCUCAGUCCCUACUGCUUCUGAACUUGAACCACCUCCUGCUCAUCACGCCUCUCUCCUGGCAAAACCACAGUCUUCAGGUGCUCAGUGGAAAAGUGGAGACAGAUCACAGCUUGAGUGCCGACAGUCUAUCCUGGGAGAGGAGAGCAGGCCCCCAGCCAUUACACCACCCCACACAUACAGCUUUCCAAACCUGCCCACAGUGGCAGGACAAAGCAUUGUCUCUGCAUUUCUUAGUGUUUCAAACACAGAGCCUGUUAUAGGUCUGUGUAACAUAUUGGAAUGCCGAAAAAUCCCUCAGGCGACUUUUUUUCUGUGUCUGAACUGUGCUGAACGUAUUAAUAGGGUGGAUAUUUGUGACCAUAUGACAAGUGAGAGGCACCAGUACCAUUCCAUUAGAAUUCAGUAUCCCGAGAUAUUCCAGGAAUGGCAGUGGAAGACCAUCUGUAACCUGAUGAUUCGAGACUUGGCUGGGAGACUUGCAUUGCUGGAGAAACACUUUGAUGCUAAGGUCAUCAUGUUGAAUGAAAAGCAGUAUGAGCACCUGUAUUCUGCAGACUUUGAUAAUGCAAUAAAAUUACUACAGCAGAUGUAUGGACGAGAGCAGAGCCUGUACUCCCUGGCACCGUGUUAUACAGUCCAGGAUCAGAGAAACAUGGAAAUCUAUGAUGCAAGGGUACCACAAAAUCAUGUUGAGAUUGACAGAGAAGUCCAUGGACAUCAGCCCCAACAAAGCUGCAGCCUCAGUCCAAGCCAAACAAAACAAAGCAGUCUUCACACCAUCCAAGUUCCAAAGAGAGCUUUGGAUAGAAUGCAGUGUAACUUCAGAAAAAGCAAGAUGGCCUGCAUCCCCACUAUGGAUGAGCUGCAGGCCAGUGAGAACCCUCAGGAAGCAGACACUCAGGCUGAGGCACCAUAUACCUUGCACCAGUUUAUAGCACAGACAGGUUUGACAGCAAAGUCUGACGGCAAAGAAUGUGGGCUUCACCCUCCUGAUUCACAUAGAGAAAGGAAAACGUCUGGUUGUGCAAAUUCCUUACAAGCUCAGUAUACUGCCAGGGAGUUGCAACCUGCAGCACCUGAACAUGCCUUUCCUUGCAUAACUACAAUCAAACAGGAGAAACCUGACCAGGUUUCUCAUGAGAAAUGUUUCAUUGGACCUCACAGUCUGGAAACUCUAAGUUCUCAUCAAUCUACAAUGAUUGUUUUCAAGCACUCAACUGACCUGAAGGAAUAUGUGAACAGCAAGAGAGCAACAUCAGAUGCUGUGGUUGGGCUGAGCUCAGUGAUUGAGUGUGUAAGUGAGGGUCAGCCUCCACUUUACUUCUGUGUAUCCUGCUCCAGCAAACUCGACCAUGACCUCAUCAUCAACCACCUAGUGAAGUGUGGCCACCGAAAUAGUUACUUGAGAGCUCGGUACCCCUGGCUGUUUGAGGAAUGGUUUGAUUCUGAUAUUAGAACUCAAUCUCGGAAACUCAUGUGGUAUGCUCACACCGUGGAAACAUACUAUGAGGAUGAACCAGGUCAGCUACAGGAGGUGAAAAUGAAAUAUGCUGACUUAAAAGUAAUAAAAGACAUGUCGUUUGAUAAAGCUAUUAUACAGUUACAGAAAAUCAGAAAGAAGCAGAAAUUAUGUGCUCUCCAAACCUGCAUUUCACCCAAGAUCAGAAUAGAUUUGGUAAAACAGGAGAAAGUUGAAACGGAAGUGACAGCACAACAUUCACAAGAGCUACUUGAUUUUCCUGUUUCACAGGAUCGAAGGACGGCUUCAAAACACAAAGAUACUAAACCAGAUUUAUUUAAUUGGUCUCCACCACUAGUUAAACGACUCAAAAUUUCAAGUGACAUCCAGUCAAGAGUAACGUUCGAACAAAAGGUGGUUGAAGAAAGUGCUAUUAGACUCAGAAACAAAGACUUGUUUCCUGGCUACAAAUCCACAAAAUCAAACCAACUCACUCAGAAAUCAGAACAAACCAAAUCACUGGCUAAAACCAAACCUGUAAAUUCAAUCCUAUUCUCUUCCAAAGAUAACCUUAAUCUAUCAGACCCUCAAUUGACAGCUCACAUAUCAGACUUCCACUCUGGCAAACUUAAACAGGAUAUAUCUUCCAGCCACAGCAAAAGCACACAAGGGCUGUCAAAGAUCACCCUUGCUGAAGAAUCAACUGGUCAUUACACUUCCAAAAAGGUUGACGAACAAAUGCAUAAUCUAAUGACUACAACAAAAGCUCCUAAACUCAAAAUGGCAGAUAUCCAUACAAGUGUUUAUAAAUCAGACACUAGACCUAUAGGCACACUCAGUGCAGCCAAGCUCCAGAAAACAACUGAAGAAUCCAAGGCUUCUACCAUAAAUGAUGUGACCUCACCCAAAGAAAAGCAAGUUAUCACAAAAUCCCUUAUUAACCCAGUAACAAAAACUGACAAAGAAACCCUUCGAUGUUAUUCCUUCACAACAAGCCAUAUGAAACCGUCCUCUUCCAUAGAAAUUAGCAGUGUUCCUUCAGAAUUCCCAGUAAAGAAAAUCAGGGGCUCAGACAAUGUCACAUACAGUCUUUCUCAAGUCCAGAAAGAGGCUUCCAUUUUGCGUACAGUUAAUUCAGAUCAAUUGCUGCCAUCCCAUUGUGUACCGUUGCCAUCAAAGGAACCUAGUAUAUUUUUGCGUGAAAAUAGCACUGCGAGCCCAGCCACUAAAAACCCUUCAAGUUUCUCAAGAGGUUUAGAUCAUUGUUCCCAGACUUCAUCUGAGCUUUUGGGCAAAACUUUAUGUAAAGCUGAGGACAGUGUUGUUGAAAACAGUCAAGGGCAUGGACUGUCUUCCAUCUCGACACCCCAGCAAAAAAAAUACCCUGACAAUACUGGCACCAUAAGUGCUCCUUCUGUGGAGGUACAGGGGUUGGAAAUUGCUCGACUGCCCGAUACGAGACCCUUGGUGAAAAAGAGAUCAAAUGAAAAUGCCUGGAAUUAUGAAAACCGGCAGUUUAACUCUGAAACACAUGCUACAUUUAAUACAAGCAUAUUGGCUAACUCCUCUGGUGAAACUGUGGCCAUGAAGGGGCAAUAUCGCUUGCUGUCACAGCAGAACUCCAGUAACAAACAAAAUCCUGAUUUUGACUGGAAAAUUUCUGCUAAUGGUUGGGACAGCUCAGCCUAUAUUUGCACAGAAAAUGGCUUUAAUCCAUCUGCAACCUCCACCAUGUCAUACCCCAUUCAGAAAAAUGGUGCUAAUACCAAUUUUAUGAUUUCAGAAUGUGGCCCAGCUGCCCCAGGCAUCAGUCCUGCGAUACAAGAAUAUGCAAUGCCUUCUGAGUUUUCACAAUCUAUCCCUGCUUAUGCAUCCGUACCAGUUUAUCAGACUCCACCAGUUUACCAAUCCUUUCAGAACUCAAAAAUAGAUGAUGCCUACUAUCGUUUCUAUGCUUACAAUCAGGCAUUUCACCCUAACCAGACAGUACCAGUUAAUGAAAAUGUCCCUCCCAGUGCUUCUGCACAUGGAUAUGAAGGGGUUCUUUACCCUCCAUCUGGGUGGCAACAAAGUCAGUCCCUUUUAAAUUUCCAAAAGCCAUCUUGAGAGAUUAUAGAAAAGCAGGAAUUCAAUGAUAAAGAAGAAGAAUGGGAGACGGAAAUAUUACACCAUGGGGGAUCAUAAACAUGAAGCCUUAUUAUUCUUUCCUACUUGAUCUAAAAAAUUUUCGGCUGUUGUAGUUCAAUGGAAUUUGCUACAUUUAUUUCUGCAGCACGAAACUGAAUCUGGGAUUUGUUUGACCAAACACAUGACCCUUCAUCUUGUGUCUUAUAAGAACAGGCUUACUUUUGUUAUGUAUAUAUUUUUUUAAGUAGUUUUACUGUCAGAGUUAAUGUACAAUAUUUCAGACUGAAAUCUUUCAUUUGUGAUUUAGUACUUUUGGGAAAUGGAUGUUUUGGGGUUUUUUUUCCCCAAUGUGACAGUAAAGAUCUGACUUAUUUCAGAUGUUUUAAUUCAUAGAUCUUUACAUAAAAAAAAACUUGUCUUGUACGUGUUUUCAAUCUCAAAUUACAGAAGUGUAUCCCCACACAUACAUUAAAGGCAGUUUUUGUAAUAUGUUUUAAGAUGUCUUUUGAUGCAACAACACAAUCCACAGAAAAGAGUCAAACUGUCAGUGAUGAGUUUGUUUUUAAAUUUUGCAUUUAGAGCUGCUUUUUUUAUUUUAUUAUUAUUUUUUUUAUUAUUAAUAUCAAAGACGUAUUUUUAAAAAAUGUUUUCAUGGUCCUGCAUCAUUGUCAUAGUAACACUGAGAUGUCCUACAACUAAGAACAUCAAACAGUAAUUUGCUGGUGAACCUUUAAACACUGAACCUUAAAAAGCUGAAAGGCAGGGAGAGGUUUUAUUUACAAUAGCACAAAGUACUAAAAUUCCCUCCCCAAGCAUCUGAGAGCUGUUGAUACACCUGUCAGAGUAUUCAAACAUUUGUUUAAUAUUGCUUUUACUAUGGUUUUAUUGCUUUAUUCAUGAGUUCUGUGUGGGGAACCAUGCACUGGGAUGUAUCUAGUCUGAUGAGCUCAAUCUCAUGAUUCUAGCCAGUUACACAAAAAACACAAAAAGUGGGGAAAAAAACCUUUCAGUUAACAGGUGGGUAAUUGAUGUACUCAUCUGGCCAAUGUUUUUACAAAUGUUUCCUCACUGUCCCUCUAUCAUUUUUGUUCAAAACAGCAAAGAAAUUAUAUAUUGAAAUAAAUGGACACUUGUGACUUACCAAGCAAUUUUGACCAAAUUACCUUUAUUUCUUGAUGAGGUGAAGUUCCAGACAUUACACCUUUUAUAAAUGACCACAAUAAGUUUGAGGUUCCCUUCUUUUAAAAAUGUGUGAGAUUAAUAUAAUGGUAACAGAAUUUGUUGUAUGUUUUUACUUAAUACACUUGGUAAUACCCUUCCAAUGUCAGGUUUAAACUGAUCUGUCCUAUCCCAAAGACUGAACGCAUCCUGUUGUUCCUCUUCAUGUUCUCAACGACAACCUUUUAAAGAAGGUAUAUACCAAAUUCAUAGAUGAAAUGCUGCAUAACUUAAUACAAUUUAGGUGUCACAUAGAGAUUAGGGAUAUCUCUUAUACAUACACUGUGAUAAAAGUCUAACUGCCAUAGUUGCAUUUUUGUGUGUGUAACGGUUUUAGUGUGGUCUUGCUGCAUUUUUGUGUGAAUAUACCUCAAUAUAGUAAACAUAUUACAAAUGUAAACAUUAAUAUAAACUCAUUUGCCUUUUGUUGUGGGAUUGCAUAAACUGAGUGAAUGGUAAGAUUAAAUAAAUAGAGAAUAAUCUAUAAAAUAGAAUAGGAUUAAAUCUUGAAUUAACAAAAUAAUUUCUGUAUGUACAGACAUAAUUACUGAAUAACAGGAAACGCCUUGGAUGUGCAUAUGUGCGAUUGUGCAAGAAGACGUGUACGUGACAGUUAGACGGAGGCGAGGGCUGAAAUGGAAAAGUACUAAGCAGAAGUGGCACAGGACGAGAGAAACUAAAUGUGUGUGUCGCGAAGUUAUGUUUUGGAUAUCACUCGCACUGUGAUGUGAAGUGACAUCUCCAGAGCUCUGCAUUAAUAAAAGGCUACAAGGGACAGCCUUCUCACCCCUGCUGCUGAACAAUUUUCUGCCUUCUCUCUCACCCAAUGUUACAUGCCAGGUCAAUACGACCAGUCUGGAAGGCGCAGACGUCUCGGUGGAGAAGGCAGACCGGCGGGAGUUCAUCGACCUGCUGAACAAGAUGCUCACGCUAGACACUGACAAACGGAUCACACCGAUGAAGACCCUAAAGCACCCAUUUGUCACCAUGACCCACCUCCUCCAGUUCCCUCAAAGUGCCCAUGUGAAAUCUUGCUUCCAGAAAAUGGAGCUCUGCAGUCGGCAGUGCACAGGGUUUGAUGGCAGCAAGAGCCUAUUUGGCAGCGGGGGUGGGUCUGGGGGUGGGGCCAGCAUGACUGCCAACCUCAAUGACACCUUCAGCAACCAGCUUGCCCAGCACAGCCAGGUGGGACAACCGGCACAGCAGGGCGGGUUCAAGAGGUCAAAGAUUGCCAAGCAGAGAGCCGGGCUAGGCCUAUGUCCUCCCCUGUGCACGGCAUGGGCGACAAGUCGGAGUCCAUUUUCACCUCUGACAUGCUCAGCCCAACUAUGAGCAUCAUCAUCUCCAGCGACUCGGAGGACAAUGCCAAGGUCCAGCAUGCCAGCUGUGGUGGGCGAACAUCAUGAGCUGUGUGACUGCGCAGGACUCUGACUUGUCCACAUACAUCCCGCUCAGCCCCAAGCAUCUGCCCAACUUUGUGUAGAGUGCCACCAACUUGCCCAAGUUAAAUUUUAUUUAUUUAUUUUACUUUGAAUAAAACUUUUGAAUUGAAAUCACUGACCUUGUCAUGCCUCUCCAUGGGUGGCCCCAUUUUUAUCCUUUUUUUUUUUUUUUUUUAAGUGCUACAAUUGGCCUCAGUUUAUUUAUUUUAAACAUAUUCGAUGUGAGUCCUUGACCAGCAUGUCAAUAAAGCUUCACCCAGUUGCUCUU